AUGACAACAUUUGGGAAUCUCAUGGUCAUUGUCAUAAUUAGACUUGACCCCCGUCUUCACAUACCCAUGUACUUCUUCUUGGUCAAUCUUUCCUUCAUAGAAAUGCUCUACACUACAACAAUUAUCCCAAACAGUCUGAAGAACUUCCUUUAUGAGGACAAACACAUCUCUUAUGAAGGCUGCUUCACUCAGAUGUUUUUCUUUAUUGGAUCAGGAAGCUCAGAGUGUGCCCUUCUCUCUGCAAUGGCUUAUGACAGGUACAUUGCUAUAUGCCUUCCAUUGGUCUAUUCUAAUUAUAUGAAUCAUUCAUCUUGUGUCAAGUUGGUUUUGGUCUCGUGGACAAUUGGUUUCCUAAAUUCUCUUGUCCACACUGUUUAUACAGCUACUUUACCCUUCUGCAAGGACAAUAGAAUCAGCCACUUCUUCUGUGAUAUUCCACCACUUUUGACACUAUCUUGCAAAGACACUAGACCAAAUAAAUUAGUGUCAGUUUUAGUUGGAGGAACUUUAAUAGUGGGCAGCCUAAUAUUCAUUUGUAUUUCAUAUUUUUGCAUUGUCAGAGCUAUACUCAAAAUAUCCAGAUCAAAUGCCAGAUACAAAACCUUUUCAACAUGUGUAUGUCACCUAACAGUGGUUGUGAUAUUUUUUGCUUUAGGAACAAAGACUUUCAGAAGGCAGUAG